CUGAGAGCCGACGGAUCUCCGGGUGUUAAGCGAUCAUGGCGCUGCAGGAUGUGUGCGGAACCCCCGGAGGGCAGCGGCCCGACUGGGUUGUCCCCGUUGCGGGAAACAGGCAUCGCUCCGACCCGGGACACUACAGUUUCUCUAUGCGAUCUCCAGAGCUCGCCCUCCCCCGGGGAAUGCAGCCCACUGAAUUCCUGCAGUCCUUGGGUAGGGAUGAAGAAAGAAAUGUCCAGAUUGAGAUGGCCCAUGGCACAACCACACUGGCCUUCAAGUUCCAGCAUGGAGUUAUUGUAGCAGUGGAUUCCCGGGCCUCGGCCGGAAGUUACAUUGAUACCUUAAGGGUGAACAAGGUGAUUGAGAUUAAUCCCUACCUGCUWGGCACCAUGUCUGGCUGUGCAGCAGACUGUCAGUACUGGGAGCGCCUGUUGGCCAAGGAGUGCAGGCUGUACUACUUGCGGAAUGGGGAGCGGAUCUCAGUGUCAGCUGCCUCCAAACUGCUCUCCAACAUGAUGUGUCAGUACCGGGGCAUGGGCCUCUCCAUGGGCAGUAUGAUCUGUGGCUGGGACAAGAAGGGUCCAGGACUUUACUAUGUGGAUCACAAUGGGACUCGGCUCUCAGGAMAUAUGUUCUCCACGGGUAGUGGGAACAGUUAUGCCUACGGGGUUAUGGACAGUGGCUAUCGGCCCAAUCUUAGUCCUGAAGAAGCUUAUGACCUUGGUCGCAGGGCUAUUGUUCAUGCCACUCACAGAGACAGCUAUUCUGGAGGCGUUGUUAAUAUGUACCAUAUGAAGGAAGACGGUUGGGUGAAAGUKGAAAGUACAGAUGUCAGUGACCUGCUGCACCAGUACCGGGAUGCCAGUCAGUAAUGGUGGAGACUGGGCAGGCCUCCUCAGGCUAACCUGGUAGACUCAGGGAUCUGGUCAUCUUAAGUCCCAGGAGAAAGAGUAGCCCGAUCAAAGCCAGAGAUAGAGAACUGGCUCCGCAGUCAGUGGGGACCUGGAAGGUUGGACCCAGCUCAUCUUUUUUUGUGUGUGUGUUCUCCAUUUCAGGGAGCAUCCCUCCUGGGUGCUUCCUAAGCACAAUAAAGUAAA